UGUCAUUAGACAUGAACAAGAUCAGCAACCAUGUCUGUUAUUUUCCUGAUAAUCAUAAUAACCAAAUAAUAUACAAACUUAAUGUUUAGUUAACAAUGUCAGCCUAAUCUAAAUCGUUUGGAGCUGCAGUCUACCUUUCAAGAGGAUAUCGAUUAGAGAAUGUUCUGCAGAAUUUCAGAAUACUUUAACAACAAAGUAUUUUAGUCAGAACCUGUCUAAAUUGUACGAGGUAGGAAUGAUUGAAGUAAGGAAGAAUACAAAAUUACAGGACAUUGCAGCGCUGCUGAACUCUGACGUCACCUGACGUCAUCUGGCACAUCACUGCUCUUCUCUCUGGCAUCGCCUCGACCCUUUUUCAGGAACCGCUUCUCCUCUAGCGUCAUCAGGGCCAUCUGACCAGUAGUAGCUGCUCUACCACUCUCUCCCGCCCUAUGCUUCCUGACGAUACCCGGAAACGGGGGAAAGGGGGGGAGGCGAGAAGAUGGCGUCGUUGCGCUUCAGGCGGGAUCCCUGCGGCUUCAUCUGCCUCCUUCUCACCUACUUCAGCGUGUUUUACGCCGACUACGUGGUGAUCCAGUACGUGCUGAUCCCGGCCUACUCUGAGAGUGUGUGGUGUAGUCUACACGGAGUGGUGUUUAAUAUCAUCCUACUGCUACUACUCGCCUGUCACGCCAAGGCGGUGUUCUCUGACCCGGGCAUGGUACCCCUACCAGAAACUGCUAUAGAUUUUUCCGAUCUUCGCUCUCAAUCCAGGAUGAAUGAAAGGGUAGUGUGUCCCAAGGGGUGUGAAGGCUGGACAGCGUGCAGCAGGUGUGAGACCUACAGACCCCCUCGGGCGCACCACUGCAGGGUCUGCCAGCGCUGCGUCAGACGCAUGGACCACCACUGUCCCUGGAUUAAUAAUUGUGUGGGGGAGCUGAACCAGAAGUACUUUAUCCAGUUUCUUUUCUACACCGGCCUGGCCAGUCUGUACUCUAUGGUGCUGGUGGUGUCUGCCUGGGUGUGGAGGAUCCGCAGCGAGAGAGAAGGAGCUGCAGAAGGAGACGGAGAGGAGGAGGAAGCCCCCAGCAAACACCUCAUAGUGGCUCACUACAUUAUUCUGCUUGUUGAGUCGGUGCUCUUUGGCGUGUUUGUUAUGGUCAUCUUCUACGAUCAGCUGGUGUCCAUCAUAACAGACGAGACCCCUCUGGAGCAGAUGAAGAACAGACUGAUGAAGGACAGACCAUCCUCAUCCUCACAGCACCAGCCACACACUCACGCGCACACGCACACACGCAAGCCCAGGAUCCCCCUGCUCCGAGAGGUCUUCGGAAGAGGCUCCAUGCUCCUCUGGCUCCUCCCCCUCCACUCCACCCCCCCUUCGGCCGGAGGGAUAAGCUACUCCGCCCUGCCCGACUAUGACGUCUGACCUCUGACCUCGGGGAGAGAGACUGUAUGGGUGAUGGAGAGAGGCGGCCCAGGUAGUCUGAGUGAGGGGAGUACGAGAGGAGAUUUAUUCUCCCAGACCAGCUUGACCUUUAACCUUAAAGGAGCGUCCGAAAAAGGGGAGAGAGAGUGACGGCGAGAUUGUGUGUGUGUGUGUGAGUGAGUUUAAUGAAGUGUAAUACAUUUUUGAAUCCCAGGAUUUUUACCACAAUUACACUUGGGAGGGCAGACCAAUCAAUUACUGUUUGGGGAAGGGGUCCCAACAAUGUGGCCCACGGUCGGCCCCCGAUCGCCCCCCGCCCACAGGUUGAGGGCCGCUAUGGUCCUUUACCAAAAGUCUUAAUGAGUUGGAUGGUAUCUCACUGAAAUCAUACCCAAUGUAUUAUUUAUUGGUUCACAUUCAUGGAUGGUUCUUUAAUAUUUUUUUACGUAAUUAUUUAUUUACUUAAAGGUUGGGUAUGGGAUUUGCGAAACGCCAGCAGAUUUUGAAAAUACACAACUCAAAUGGUCCUACCCCCUCUCCUUCAACGCUGACUCUGACUCCACCCAUUCCAAGUACCUGGACGCGCAAUCACGCACGAGCGCGAACAUAGAUGCGCGAGAGCGAGCCAGGCUAGCGUAGGUUUUCGUUGAACAGCAUGGCAACAUUAAAAAAACAACAUGGGGAUGGUGGCGUCUUAUCUGCCAUGGAAAUUGUCUUCUACUGCUAGGUCCAAAUGUGGAUUAACUAGUUCCAGUAGCUACCGCAGGAUAACAACAAACAGGAGCUUGCUCUGGGUCACGAGUACUGCACGAAGGGGUCGCGCGCGGGGGAGGGAGAGUGCAGUACGACCGUUUGAUUGACGUACUUACUGUCCAAUGCAACUCGGUGGCUCUGGAAAUCAUUGGCUGGAGUUUUUCGAGCCCUGCCUUCCACAGAUGAUUGACUUGUUUAAUUUUCAUGUCAGUACUUCUAACUCAGUGGCUGUAAGUGGGUUAUGAUAAGGAUUUCAAGUAAUUCUGCAAAAAUGGCCAAAAAAGCGAAUUCCAUACCCAACCUUUAAGUUUCCUCUAUGUUAUUUAUUCAUUUUAAUGCACCCCUAAUCAAUGAAACUAUCUUUAUACAAAGAGAUAAACAAUAUUUAUUUAUGUAUUAUAAUUUGUAAAUAUUACUUUAUUUUAAAUGCAUAUCAAGAUGAGGGGAACUUUCAGUCGAAGAACAAAGUUUGGCAAAUGAAUGAUGGUUGUUGGUAUUUACAUAAUCAGACCGGAUCUUAUGCAUUUUUACCAGCAGAAAAAGAAGGGAGUAGAACUGAACAACUGCAUUCAAGCAUAACAUAUUUAAUGUCAUAAAUGUCCACUUGUGACAAUUCAAACUGUUUACCUGACUAACCAAAUAAUCAUCAUGUCACUCGUCACGUCGUUCGUUAAAUUAUUUGUUACAUAAUUUGUUACAUCGCUAGUUCAGAUAUUUGUGACAACAUCAUGGGAUCAGGCAGGUAGUAAUAGUUAAUCUCCCUCCAGUAUGCCAGUGUUAAUGAGAUAAUUCCUGCUUUCUGCAGAUGCAUCAUACAGUGUUCCACAAUAUAUCACCAAACUAUAACCAAAAUCCCAGAUUAAAUUCAACUAUAGAUAUUUCUAAUUCCUAUUAUGCAGAGGGUAUUGGUUCUUGUCACAUGGUUCUAUCUGUUCUGUUAUAAUGAUUAGUUUCUAUGGUAUGAAGGGAGUUGACCAUGUUCUUUAAUAUGCAUGGGAGGGAGUUGACUAUUGCUUACUAUGGAUGAGAGAUUAUCAACUUUGUGGUUAUCUAUGGUAUGGGAGGGAUUUAACUGUUUACUAUGGUAACAGAGAGUUGGUUGUUGUUUCCUAUGGUAUGGGAGGGAGUUUACUGUUUACUAGGUUAUCAGAGAGGGUUGGCUGUUGUUUACUAUGGUAUGGGAGGGAGUUGACUGUUUACUAGGUUAUCAGAGAGGGUUGGCUGUUGUUUCCUAUGGUAUGGGAGGGAGUUGACUGUUUACUAGGUUAUCAGAGAGAGCUGGCUGUUGUUUACUCUGUUAUGGGAGGGAGUCGGCAGUGGUUUACUACAGUUUGGGUAGAACUUUCCCCGUCAAAAGGUGCUCGGUUUCUAUCCCUCAUGUCCUCAGCCUACUUCCGUAGACUGAAGAUGACUUCUACAAGCUCCUCAAUUACAUGUUUAUUAAUGCAAUGUAAGUCCCUUGGGGUAAAAGUGUCUACUAAAUGGUAAACAGUACGGUGGAGUGUACACUCUGGAUUUAAGUUGAAAUUCACCUCAACCCACGCACUACAUAGGCCAUAUUUCAAACUGUACUGAAACAACCGCAGCAGAAUAAGCUCAAGCUUACGAUCACUGGGACAACAUGGAGGUACCACUUUGUUUCAGGGAACAAAGACACAAAUGGUACAUUCCAACCAUGCAGCCUCUGCACAAAGAAAAUGGGGUUUGAACAGAAUACUGGAACAGUAUUGGGAUGGGAUUGGAAGAAAAGGCGCUAAAGUAACUGAUUUCUCUCAUCCUAACAGGAUUGUAAACAGUUUUCUUGAUGUGAUUGCUCUGGGUUUGACUUGUUCUUACUGUAAAUAGUUAUUCAUGUAUUUUAUAUUGAAACGUGUGCAAUAUUGUUGAAGGAAAAGUUACUGAGUUUGACUUUGUCUGUUUAUGGACAUAAAAAACUGUUGUGUAUGAAAUAUGUUUUUGUGGAUGUUUGUUGAAAUGCCUUUUUUUCCAGGUGCGGUAGUCCUAAUUUGCCUAAACAUUUUGGUUCCUAAGACCGGCCCAGACAACAUUCUAUUUAAAUAGAAUUCCUGAUCAGAUUUGUCUAUUUUAGAAAUCCUCAACCUCAGGGUUUUACAAAGAUAAACAGAAAAAACGUAGAAAAAAACAUGAUUGUUCAAGGGGUCAGGGGUUUUCUUGUCUGAUUUCCUAGACCAAUGCAGUAGUAGUACUUUCAAAUGUUAAAAAAACAACAACGGGUGCGCUAGUUUUGCCAACCGGGAUGGGCCAGCACUGCGUUUGCAUGUUUUGCUAUGUUGGUCCGUCGUGCCGGUAAUACCGGCACACCCCAUUGUCGAUUACCAUGACAGCGGGAAGGAAUGUGCGUGAGUAUCUUGCUCAACAGUAGACCGUGGACAGUAUUGGGGGCUUCAGCGCGCGCUCACUUGAUCGAUCUGACGUGGGAGCAAAACGUCAUCGGUGUCUCCCUGUCGUUGGGUCUCCGUUUCUGCUCAAAUUGAUGCAAUCAAUAGUGGUGAAUGACUGACAUGGCUGGUUGCUAGUACCGAGGAUGAAUACUUCACAGAGAUAACUGUGGGGGGAGGGGAUACACCCAGCUCUGUCUGUUUGAUUGGCUGUUCAGAUUGCUGUCGUUGUAUGGUUGUGUGAAACUAGUGAGUGACUAUAUGCACCGUCUCCCCCUUGGUGGCCCGACAGUGAAGGGGGGGGGGGGGGGGGGGGGGGAGGUUUUACCGUUUUGCAGAUGUGGAACAUUUCUGAGUUUAGAAAGUAAAAGACCUCAUAGGUUCCCUGUGCUACAACAAUUGAUGGAGCUUUUGUGAUUCUGUGUGUUUAUGAUUAAUUCAAUAAUAAGUGGCUGUAGCAUUGGGGUCGACACCCCAAAGACACAGGAGAACUUUUACUUUAAAAGCAGGAUGUUGCUAUUCUGGAGGGCUGUAAGAUCACUAGCUUCAUAAUCAUCUGGUAUUGUGCUUUAAGAGUAUGUGGUUGCUCUAUCAACAAAACAAUUUCAUAUUUUCUACAAUAUCAGGCCUCAAAAUUAUGUUUUUGAGCCAUCUGACGUUUGGGUUGUGUUUUUGAACCUGUGUACUAUUAUUAUUAUUGUUACUAUUGUUAUUAUGAUUAUUACUGAAAUGCUGCUCUCUGCUUCUUGCAACUGGAAGUAAAAUGUCUUGCAAACAA